GGCUUGGCUUUCGUAGAGUAAAUUUUUCUUUCGUGAUCGGAACGCCGCUUUCUCUUCCUCUUCUUCUUAAGCUCCCACAGACUUGUCUGCUCCCGCUCUUCAAUCCAUCUCUCAUACCACCCCGCCUCAAUUCGCUCCAGGGUUUCUCCCACCCAUCACCUUUACAAACGAAGUCAUUUCGUGCUCUCCCACUUUCAUUUCCUGUUUGUACAGUACCUUUUGACCCCACCCCCACCUAGCGGUUUUUAUACUCGAAAGCCCACCACAUACACAUAAUGAUUGUCCCCAGACUCGCGCAGACUCUCCGAGCAACCCCCCGCACAUUCCUUCCCAGACUCAAUGUCGUCCGGACGGCUGUCCCCGCCUUUGCGCGGUUCAACUCAACCGAGGGUAAGGUGCAGGGUGCCGUCAUCGGUAUCGAUUUGGGCACCACAAACUCUGCCGUCUGUGUGAUGGAGGGAAAGACUCCCCGUGUGAUUGAGAACGCUGAGGGUGCACGGACAACUCCUUCGGUCGUUGCUUUCACUCAGGACGGUGAGCGAUUGGUCGGUGUUGCUGCGAAGCGUCAGGCCGUUGUCAACCCCGAGAACACCCUCUUCGCCACCAAGCGUUUGAUCGGACGGAAAUUCACCGACGCCGAGGUGCAGAAGGAUAUCGCUCAGGUCCCCUUCAAGAUCGUUCAGCACACCAACGGUGAUGCCUGGGUUGAGGCCCGCGGUCAGAAGUACUCUCCUUCGCAGGUUGGAGGAUUUGUCCUCAACAAGAUGAAGGAGACCGCCGAGGCCUACCUUGGGAAGCAGGUCAAGAACGCCGUCGUCACCGUUCCUGCCUACUUCAACGACUCUCAGCGUCAGGCCACCAAGGACGCCGGUCAGAUCUCUGGUCUUAACGUCCUCCGUGUCGUCAACGAGCCCACCGCCGCCGCUCUUGCCUACGGUCUUGAGAAAGACCAGGACAAGGUUGUCGCCGUCUUCGAUCUUGGUGGUGGUACCUUCGAUAUCUCCAUCCUCGAGAUCCAGAAGGGUGUCUUCGAGGUCAAGUCCACCAACGGUGACACUCAUCUUGGAGGUGAGGACUUUGACAUCACCCUCGUCCGCCACCUGGUCGCCCAGUUCAAGAAGGAGAGCGGUAUUGAUCUGUCCGGUGACCGCAUGGCCAUCCAGCGUAUCCGUGAGGCCGCUGAGAAGGCCAAGAUGGAGCUGUCUUCUUCCCUCCAGACCGAUAUCAACCUUCCCUUCAUCACUGCCGACGCUUCCGGACCCAAACACAUCAACCAGAAGAUGACCCGUGCCCAGUUCGAGGCUCUCGUCGGUCCCCUUGUCCAGCAGUGCAUCGAGCCCUGCCGUAAGGCCCUCAAGGAUGCUGGUCUGAAGGCCAAUGAGAUCCAGGAGGUUAUCCUGGUCGGUGGUAUGACCCGUAUGCCCAAGGUCGCCGAGACUGUCAAGUCCAUCUUCGGCCGCGACCCUGCCAAGGCCGUCAACCCCGAUGAGGCUGUUGCCAUCGGUGCCGCUAUUCAGGGAGCCGUGUUGGCUGGUGAGGUCAUGGACGUUCUGCUGCUCGACGUCACCCCUCUGUCGCUCGGUAUUGAGACCCUCGGAGGUGUGUUUACCCGUCUGAUCAACCGCAACACCACCAUCCCCACCAAGAAGUCCCAGGUGUUCUCCACCGCUGCCGACUUCCAGACCGCCGUCGAGAUCAAGGUCUACCAGGGAGAGCGUGAGCUCGUCCGUGACAACAAGUUGCUCGGAAACUUCCAGCUGGUUGGCAUCCCCCCCGCGCACCGUGGUAUCCCCCAGAUUGAGGUCACCUUCGACAUCGAUGCCGACUCGAUCGUGCACGUCUCGGCCAAGGAUAAGUCCACCAACAAGGACCAGUCGAUCACCAUCUCCUCCGGAUCCGGUCUCUCCGACUCCGAGAUCCAGAGCAUGAUUGACGAUGCCGAGAAGUACGGAGAGGCCGACAAGGCCCGCAAGUCUGCCAUCGAGGGUGCCAACCGUGCCGACUCUGUCGCCAACGACACCGAGAAGGCGCUCAAGGAGUUCGAGGACAAGCUCGACAAGGAGGAGGCCACUUCCAUCAAGGAGAAGAUCACCGCUCUCCGUGAGGUCGUUGCCAAGGCCCAGUCCGGCGAGACCGCUGUCUCCGCCGAGGACCUCAAGGCCCAGACCGACGCUCUCCAGACCGCGUCCCUGACCCUCUUCGACAAGAUGCACCGUUCCCGUUCCGAGCAGGCCAACCAGCAGGAGCAGGCCAAGUCCGGCGAGGGCGAGAAGAAGGAGUAAACCAACAAACAACUCUUUUUUGAUCUGAAAUGUAAUGAAUGAAACUUGUGCAGGAGGGGUUGGUUGUUAAAAAGCGAUGUCUCCUACUUUGUUUCGUUUAUUGUGUAUUUUCUCUUUCUUUUCUUCCUCUCUUCUCUACUAGGGUGCGCGCAGACGGGGGGUUUGCUCGGUGGGUGGAUGUGUAGGAUAUGAUCUCCUUUUCAUGCGGAGUUUGCUUUGGGUGUUGUGUUCCUUUUCUUACGGGUUGUCUUUUUUUUUACGGAUGUUUCGAGAUUUUUUCUUUUUUCAGAGCGGAUGGAUGGAGGGUGGUAAUUUGUACAUUACAAAAAAGAUGCGAUUUUCCACAAGGAAAAGGAAAAGGAAAAUAGUCUUCUCC